CGUGAUUUGUUCGACUCAACAUCUGCCCAUCCAAACCUUCGUUCGCAUGGCGAGCCGUUCCAGAACGGCCCUUCGACUCGGUCUAUCACUGCUGGGUCUUAGCCGCUGUGGCCUAGGGUUCGAGACCGGCGAAGUCCCUUCUGAACUGGAAUCCUACGUCACCGACCCCAUCGCCCGGCACACCGCUUGCGCAGUGGAUGCGAACACCGCCACGGUUUGUGUGCUGGAAGGCUUCGUCUCGCAAGCGACCACGCUGGAUUACUACAUCUUGACCUUGCCAGAAGAGGGCCUGCUCUAUGAGACGUCGCCCAACUUCCGGAGCUUCGGCUCGGCGCCGCUGAUGGCGCCCGAGCCGAUCGGUCCCCAUUUGCUGCCCUUGCUGGUCACGGACCCCAAGCACCAGGUGGUCUACGUGCCUCCGGCCAACAAGUGGCCAACACCUAAUGCCUGGACCGCGUUUACCUUUGUGGUGGAGUCACCUCUCCGCGAUGAGGCGACCGGCCAGAUGGUGAUGACGCGGAGUGAGCCGGGCCUGGUGGUCUUGGCGAACCCGGAGCAGCAGAUUGCGGGCUCGGACUUCAGCCUGGCGAACAGCGCGGAUGGCUGGAGCUUGUCGGGGCAGCUGGAAGUGGUGGCUGGUAAUGCUCCCAGUCAGGGUGUGAGACAUCACGCGUCGGCUUGGGGUGGGUUGAAUCACUACAUCUAUGGCGCCGACGAAGUUCAGAGCCUGGACUUUGCCACGGGAAUCGACUUGGCACGCUGGUACUUCGAGGCCUCUCCCAGGAUCUUCCAUCGGAAGGAGCUCGCGGCCGCCUAUGGCGGCAUGCUGCGCUUCCGUGUCCGGUCGCAGUACGGGAACUUCUUGGAGUUGAAUGAUCCACUGGACUGGGUGACGAUCGAAUGUCAGUCCUGUGACAGUGGACAGGGCGCGCGCAUCGUGCGCUUUGUGGAUGAGACUCUCCGGUGGAUCGGCAACGAAGUGUACAUGGAGUUAUACUUGCAUGAGAAUGGCAGGUGGUCCUACGACCCCCUGAACUCUGCGGCAGAGUUCACCUAUGCCACGCAAUGUCAGAUCGCAGCCAUCCUGACCAACGUCUCCCGGAUCGCCAUCCUGGGCGACUUCACCCGAGGUGGUGAAGGCAUUGCCCUGGACGAUGUCGCCAUCGUGGCGGCGGAUGCCUCGCUGCAGCCGGCCUAUCCGUUGUCGUGUCAGCAGGGAUGCAUUUGCCGGCACAACCCGUCCUUGAUCCACCCCACCUGCUGUUGAGCUUCAGAGACUUGGCCAUGCCCACAGAGCGAACUCUGGA